AUUUCAAAAAUAGCUCCUGUCCGAAUUUUCAAUACGCCGAUCUAUCUUUAAAUUUUUUUUCUAUAUAGUUCGACUAACGAUAAACGAAUACAUCGAACUGAGUUGACGUUUUCGUACUUUAGGUCCUAAAGUAUCAGAAUGGGAAACGUACCUAGUUCGUAUUUCGAAGAAAAAAUCGACGACCCUUUUUGGUCCAACGACGCAUCCGCAUCGAAAACAGUCGCAAAAAGUUCGUCAAGCCAAAUUUUGGUCAGUGCGAAAACAAACCUGAGCGAAGUUGUUUCGAAAGAGCUUUCCGAGGCAAACAAAGAAAAAUUAAGCGAAUUUAAGUUGGAACUCGCUAGAAAACACGAAAAAAGAAGAGAUAUUAUUCUGGAAAAACGCAAAGAAAUGGAUGAACUGCGGGCAGAAAUAGAAAAGCUUAAAGCGGAAAAUGAGGAAUUAAAAGCUUCCAGAACUGAAAACCACGUAGAAAAUUGUGAUGAAGAAAUCGAACAAUUGCGUAAAGAGAACCAUGAUCUCAAAACUCUUCUUAGUGAAAAAUCUUGUAUUCUAGCCGAAAGUGAAAAGAUUAUAGAGAAAAAUCGAGAAUUACGGAUCAGUAUUGUUGAGCUACAAGGAGAAUUACAAAGACUUAACACAGAAGUUUUGAAUUUUGAUAAGGAAAGAGAAGACUAUAAGGUGCAUGUGGUUGCUUUGAAAGAUGUCAUCUCUGUGUCCAAACAUAUGUUGCAAAUUAGGGAAUCUCAGCUGAAAGAACUUAAAGAAAAAGUAGAAAGUAUUGAGCAAAACCUCGCGUCUAGAGAAGCAACAAUCCUCUCUCAGGAUUUGAGGGCAGAAUAUGAAAGACAGAUUGCCAAUAUGAGAAAUCUAAGGCUGCUGUAUGAAGAAAGACAGAGGCUAGAAAAAAGAGAAAAGGAAGAAUUGACAUCUCAGCUAGCAGAUGCUACAAAAGAUCUUGAACAAGAACAAAAGAAAAAUACAGAACUUGAAUCAAGAAUAUCGGAAUUGCAAGAUGAUAAUUCCAAAAAAUACGAUGAAAUAAAAAAUUUAGAAUCAAGCUUUGGCCUAUCUAAAGCGGAAUGCCGCCAAUACCAGGCAGAACUGGCAGUCAUCAACCAGCUCUUCUCAGAAACUUUGCUAAAAUACAAUGCUACUCAAGACCUAGACUUAGAUAGACUACAGAAACACCUAGAGGAAAACCAUGGACUUCUGAAGGAUAUCGUGGUCAAUGAAGUAUCGUCUGAGGUGUCUUCUGCACUGCCAAAAGUUUUACUUGAGUUAAUAAACCAACUUCAAGAAGCUGAAGAGGUCCAGGAAGAAUCUUCUACUGAGCAUCAACUAUCAUCUGAUGAUGAGCCAGAAUGUUCCAACCAAAAUAACCUUCACCAAAUGAACAGCGCCGAAGAGAUAGUAGAAAAUCUCCCGAAGGUAUGGAAAGUCCUUAUAGAGCUACUGAGUCACCAAACAGGUCCUACAAAUGUCCUCACAGACGAAACCAGUGACGAAGAUCCUUGUUAUAAAAAAGUCGACACUCCGAAGGGACCGAGCCUCGUCCUAAGUGUAAGCCAGACGUUUAUUCGACUUAAGGAUCUAAUACUGGAGAAGAAGUCAUUGGAAAAGGAGACUGCGCACUUGAAACAUUUAAACGGUCAUUUGGAGAACCGGUUACAAGACCAGGAAAAGAGGCUGGAAUUGGUGCAGACUGAGCUGUCAAAAACAUGGCUAGUGGUUGGGAAGCUGCAGAAACAACAUCAAAUGUUACACACCCAAGAAAAAAUCCUCAGAUACGAACUUGCCCAAAAAAGAAAACUUUUAAGCGAAUUAAAAGAAGAAUUGGAAUAUAGUAGAGAAAAAUGGGCACAAGCCAGGGAAAAAAACUCCAACACCGAGCUGCAGUGGAAGCAGCUGAGGACUGAGUUCGCUAGCAGGAGAAAUACUACAGUAGAAGACGUAAACAAUAGCGCAGAAAGUGGUUAUAGUGAUGACAGAGAAGGACUUAGUGACGAAGAACCAGGAUAUGAAACUGAUGUAUCAGAGUGCGCCCAGAAAACUGGAGAAGAUACUGAAAAUCAAGAUUUAGAACUUGAAGACUUGAGUGAAGACAAUUUGCCUAAUCAAACUGACGUCUUAGAAAACACUGUCGAUAAUGAUUUGUCAGAAGUAAGAAGCGUAUGCGAGAGUGGAAAUAAUGACAAUGUCCAAAGUGUAGUACAAUGCGAAGAAACUGAAGUUAUUGAAAAAGAAACCUCUUCACCAAUCAAUGAAUGUUCUGAUGCAUCCAAAACAACAAGUUCAGAUUCUUCCAAAACAGAAACAGUUAACAGCUUAGAUAGGCCCAGUACAUCAUCUUCUAAAGUACAUGAUUCAAGAAAGGCAUUUGAAGAAAUGAUAGCAAAAAAAGAAGCAAGACUCAAAAGACUAGAAAGCCAAGCUGAGAGCUUAGUAACACAAACAACAAAUACUGCUAUUAGAAGCACUGUAAUCAGUAAUAGGUUGGAUAAUCUCCACGAAACUUAUGGCACAAGUAAUGAAGUCGAAAAUAGGGAGGAAGUAUCUGCAAUUACAGAAAGACUAGAAAGUGAAGAGCCAAAUGCUAAUUCAAUAGAAGUUAUGGCAAAUGGAGAAGCAACUAAUAAUCUCCACGACACGUAUGGCCCAAAUAAUGGAAUCGAAAAUAGGGAGGAAGUAUCUGUAAUUACCGAAAGACUCACAAGUGAAGAUCCAAAUGCUGAUUCAAUAGAAGUAAUGGCAAAUGAAGAAGCAACUAGUAAUAUUGAAGAAAAUACAACUGAAAGAGAUACAUAAUGCUCUCCACGUUUUUCGGUUGAAAAUCGUUAUAAAAUGACAACUGGCAAAACCUGAAGAUAAGUAUUUAGACAGUACCUUAUAUAUCAGUUUAUCUGUACCUAAUACUCGUAGGUAAUAUUUUUUAUUGAUCGUUUUAGAAUUCCUAUUUUAUUAAUUUUGAGAAUAUUGUAAUUAUAAUUUAGUCUUGUACCUCAACAUAUUUUAUAUGGAAAUAAAAUAUUUAUUAAUGUU